AUGGAUUUGCGCACUAUUAUGAACAGCGAUGCCGCUGGCACAUCACGCCGUCCUCCGUCGCCUCCGUCUCAUCAAUCGCCGUCGCAACUUUCUCGUAAACCCUCUGAACCACUCUAUCCAGCACACGACCAGCCUCCGUCGUCGUCAUCCUCCUCUUCCUACCCAUCUGGCUAUCCCAACGGGCCAUCGCAACCUCCGCCGCUUCAGCGCGCCCAAACUUCCCCAGAUAGAGGUUCCUCCUACGGCCCACUACAGUCUCCUUACCAGUAUAAUGCUACAUCAUCUCUGAAUGCGGGCGCACAAUCUCAUCGCGGCCACAGUCCACCUCCCGCGGCUUACGAGCCCUCUGCUUCGCGUGACUCCUUCGCCGCGCCUGUCCCCUACCAUCAUCCACAACAUCCUCCUUCGCACCAACCUUCCCCUGUCGCUGCUCAGCGGUCGCAAUCUAUCCAGUCUGUUCUGACCCCUUAUUCCUCCGCCUCGCACUCAUUCCCCCAUAGAGAGAGCCCUCCAGCCUCCGCCCACCAUUCAUAUCCGUCCCAGCAAUUUUCACCCCCGGCACAAGGAUCGCUUCCUGGUACGCCGCGAGGUUCCGCUGCUGCUCUCUAUCAUCACUCGACUCCAUCGUCUGCGCGCCCUCAGUCGUCAGGGCACGAUUCCCUCUCGAAUCGCGCAUCUAGUCCAUGGGUCGGGCAGGAUGUUCAGAUGCACAUGUCACCAACCGCGGUUUCGCGACCUAUGCGAUACGAUUCAAAGACCUUCGAUGGCGCACCCCGGCGCGCAUCGGGCACAACUGGGGGAAGGGAGUCUGAUGAGAGUGUUAGUCCGAAAACAGCCUUUUCCUCAGGGACGCGACGCGACAGCGUGGCAGGCGCUGGUGAGCAUGCAGUCUCUGCGCAACCGACUGAGAGGGAAAAUGGAAUAGCUGCGCAAAACAAUCGACCUAUUACGCAGAACUCUCACGCCCAUGCAGCUUCAACUGGACCAACGGCAACGCAAGUCAAUAGCCCUCCGCGAUCACUGGGGCCUGUUGCGAAUGUAUCCCCGAAGGGAAAGUCAGGGCCGCAGCACCCGCGAAAGACGAAUUUUGCGUCAGAAUUGAGCCCCGCCAAUUCGAGCCCUCAACCUCCUAAACCGAAGCGAAGACGAUACAAUGAGCCACCUAUUUUCGCCCAACGAUCAAUCCGCACAAAGGGAAAAUGCCCAAUGAUCCCGAAUUUGUUGCCGCCGGUUCCCAAACAUAUUAGAAAUACGCCACAGGACCCGUGGUUCCAACGGCAGCAUACAGUCUCACAGGAUGCUCCCCCAGCAAAGAUGAUAAAGCGAGAAGAUUCAGUUGCGAACGGUCCGCCGAUUUCCUCGCAGUCGUCGCAACCAUUGCAACCAUCACAGCCAUCACAGCCAUCACAACCAUCACAGCCAUCACAGCCAUCACAGCCAUCACAGCCAUCACAGCCAUCACAGCCAUCACAGCCAGCAGAACCGCCACAGCUGAAGAGCCUGGGGCCUUGGGAACCAUCCAUUACCGGAUUCAUACCGCACGAAGAAAUCACCAAGGUUGUUUGUGACUUCCUCUUUCAACACGUGGUUCUCCGAAAUGAUGCCUUGGCAGGCCCUGCUGGUGCGACUGCUGUAGGCCAAGGCGCAAUCAUCGAAAUCGAAGCGAAGCUGGGACAGCUAAUGGAUCUUGAUCGCGGGGACAGGCUCCAGUUGCCAAUACAGACUGAAAGUGUCAUAAAUCGUGACAACUCCCGACUUCGAACAAAUUUUGAAAGCAAUAUGACACAAGCACAACAUCGGGCUAUGAACAAUUUUCUCAAUGAAACUGUGAAGGGUUCUAUGCCUCAAGCAAACCCUGGACGGAUCCUCCUCUCAUAUGCCCACAAAAAGGAACGAGAUUCUUUUUACGAGGUCUCCCCUUCCGACCUGCCACCCAUUAUCCGACAAAACCUAAACCCGCGCCACAAGCCCCGAGUCCGAGUCACUGUUGACCAACGGACAGGCGAAGUCCUCGCGAAGAUUGUCAAAUGCCGAGUUGCAGACCUCGAUAUCUACAGUCCUCGCACCUGUGUCGAUUGGCGUGUCAGUGUCAACCUAGAAAUGAACUACGACGGUGAUAUCUCUCAUCUCCCGCCAGCUGAUACAGGCCGAGGAGCCAGCGAUCGGAAUAAAGACCGCAUGAGCUACCGACAUUUGGCGUACCAGGUCGAUUUGACACAAGUUGCUAGGUCUGAACCCUCUGCAAAAGGCGAAUUUGAACACGAGCUUGAAGUCGAAGUCUCGGCCGCCGAAAUUCGCCGCCAGGGUCAACUCGCCAUGGCUGGUGACCCCAGUAACCAAUACGAAGAUCUCGUAAAGGGUCUCCUUGACAAUAUACGCAUCCUGGCACGAGCAGUACCGGAAUAG